AUGAAAGGCGGCUGGCAUAGCUCAGAAGUGAAGCGGGAUGAGCAGUUUGUAGACCACUGGGUGAAAAAAGCAAACAAAGAGCUAGCCAGUGGCGAUCCAAAUCCAGAGCCUCUCCUCACAAAAGAACGCAAUGAUACCGAGCAAAACGGUUUAGGACGGUCAGAAAGCCGCAGAAUACCAGAACGUGGUGGGAAACGUAUCAGCCCAGUUCAAUACCAGGCUAUACAACCCCCUCCUCCUCCACCUUCAGCACCACCUAGUAGUAUGCAGCCCAUGACCUUCCAUACCUCUUUCAAUCCAUACUCCCAACCAUCACCUCACCCUCCGCCACCACCGCCUCCUCCUCCUCCUCCACCACCACCGCCGCCGCCACCACCGCCACCACCGCCACCUCCACCUCCACCCCCGGCGUCAUUCGACCACCUCCCCUUCCUUCCAGAAUGGGAGGUAAACACAGCCCACCAAUUCAUCCCCGCCCGCUCCCUCGGCGUCCCCACCAACGACAUCUCCAGCCACAUAGUUCGCAUCGUGCCCUUCCGGCGCAAUGUCUUCCUCAUGCGGCACCAAGCCUACGCCGCCGAUUACCAAGAAUACGAGUGGCUCUUCCGCCACGCAGACACCGGCAUCUGGUACGAGAAGCCCAGCAAGUCGUCGGCCUCCAAGCUUCCCAAGAUCGACUCCGAGCCCUUUUCAAUACCUCAGGACAAAGUCCUCGCUGUUCCCCACGCAAAGCCCUUAAGUCUUGAGUUACCUAAAGUCUGGGCUUCGGCUGGUCUGACGACGCUGCUCGACGACGCCACUCGCGGUACUGAUGCCGCGAGCUCCAGCGGCUCCCAGUAUCAAAGCACUAUGCUUACACAGUCCGAUACCGUGCCACUUGUGUACUGCCUCGUCAUCAGCACUUUUGACGCUGACCACACGUUCCCGCAAGAAGCGCACUACAAAGGUCGGCAUAUUUACAAGCUGAUCAAGUGCGGGAGCCGCGAGGCAGCAGUUCUUGAGGCGUUUUAUGCGGCGGGUGUGCAUGGCUGGAAUGUACUUUUCACGUGCGUUAUGCGGUACGGGGAGGAGUUUGAGGGCAAGGAUGGGAAGGCGGUGAAGGUUAGGUUGGCGCAGUUGGCAAGGGAAGGGGAGGGGGAGAAGGAGAAGGAGGAGGUUAGGAUUUUCUACUAA